ACCAGCACAUAAUUAAAAUGGUGGCCCUUCCGUACGACCCAGUUUUACUAAGAGAACAUGCCUAUCAGAAUACUGGUGAAAUAGAUCUCGUGAUUCCUGAAGCCUCUUUCGUAAGGGGGUUCCAGUCCACAUUAUAUCGAGGCUUGGGGUUGUUCACCUACGAGUUUCCUGUGGUUGUGCAGACCGAUUCCCAGCUCAACGAAGAGUCCAUGGUGUUCCAAAGCGAGUUCAACCGGGUGACGAAGGAGUUCAAAAGCCAUUACCCAGACGCUGGAAGUGGGGGGAUUAGCACAGUCUACCUUGUGGGUGCGCUACUUAUCUUUGCCGGCUUAGGGUUGAUGUUGCUUAGGACUUUUACCAGAUCAACGACAAAGAACAUUUUGCCUAUUGCGCGUAAAUCAAUCACAACUAUUCCCUCGGAAAAGAAAUCCUGGGAAUCCACUUUCUAUGACCUGGAUGUGGAGUGCCAGCUUCCCUCGUUGUACAGUCCCUCGGUCUUUUCCCAUUCUGAGUCUUCUUCGAUUAAUGAAGCCGAGGAGGAUGACUAUCUGACGAGCAUCAAGGUCACGGUGCUUCCUACCGUCCCUUCAAAACAGUCGCCUUUUAUCCAAGCCUCGUGGAACCAUCGCGAAGACUUGCUGGCUGUUGUCUUUUAACGUCAAUAAGGCAUCCGUCCAACCCCCCUUUGCAUUAACUCUAACCAAGGAUUCGCAUUUUUCACAUCGUCAUAUGGCAUCACUAUUACUCUAUUGCAUUAUUUCAUUUCUCCCUCUUUCUAACGGACACUCUAGGUUCUUGCGUGUUUGUAUAUCGUCUUUUAAAUAGCCAAUGCUAGGAAACCUGUUUACAGCCUCCAACUAAUACAUGGAAUGCCAAGUAAAAGCAGUUACGUAGGCUAGUGUAGCUGUUGGUCGAUCCAUAAAAAAGGGUAGCAGUAACCUACUCUGAGAAAAAUGGAUCCAGGUUCUAUAGUUAGCCAAGCAGGGAGGCAUAGUCAGAAAAUGUUAUAACGAUCACCAGCCCUAGGUCCUAAAGUGGGUUUGGAUAGACCCGGAGGCUUAUACAAAAAUACAAACACUUUUAUCAACCAUAAAUAAUG